AUGGACGCGCAGAAUGCUGCCGAGUCCGACACGCCCAAGCAUGCUGGCGCUUCCCCUCAGCAGCAGCAAAACAAACACGAGCGCCCGCGACGAGGCUCAGCCUCCGACUUGGACCCGAAACCGCGCUCUUCUGUGAGGGACUCGUCUCCCGCCGGGCCCAAGGCCAAGGAGCCGUCGUCGCUGUCGUCCACGGCGGCCCGAGCCGACGAUGCUCCAGUCGCCGACCGCGACUCAGACGCCGAGACGAUUGUCCUGCCGGGCAAGGAUGGCCACUCGCCCUCCAAGGUCCGCAAGGUGAGGCAGGAAGACAGGAGCGAGAGCGACGCCGACUCGGCCAGAGGCAACGGCCAGCCGGUGGCCGCGGCGACCAGCAGUAACCAGGGCGACAAGAAUGCAGCUGGCGGGCGGGCCGUCGAGGGUGUCAAGAAACGGCUGCCGGGGCCUGUCGACAAGGACCGCCAGCCUCGCAGCAAGGACGGCGCCUCCAGCGGCCUGAGUUCCGCCCCGACUUCGCCUCCCCACAAUCUCAGCCAGCAUCGUCAACAGCAUCCGCUUCCAUCUCACCGCCGUCGGCGAUCCGACGCCGUGGCUGCCGCAUCUCCCUCAGACUCUGAGGGCACCCACGCCAAGCCCGUCUCCUCAUCUCUGCGUGACAAGCUCAAGUCGGGCGAGCGUCUGCUGCCGCACAAGCGAAAGGCUCCCAAGGCCGAGUCCGACGACGAGGCCGACCAGCGAAAGGCUCGCCGCCAGCGCACCACGAGCGCCACCCUCGACAACGGGCGGACGCUCAAGGAGCCCAAGACGGCCUCCAAGCAGUCACAGCAUGACCCAAGGAUCCGGACACGCUCCAUCUCCCCCCACCCCCGACAGCAUCGUAGAAGCGUAUCGACGCAGCUGCCCGCCCAGCAUCUUUCCACCAGCAGCCUCAAGAAGAAGCGUUUACCCCCUCCCCUCCACGCUGCCGACUACCACUCGGACGAAUCCUCGGCCAGCCUGAGCCCCCAUCCUCGUAGCUCCAAGCUGCGAGGCCUCGCCACCCCGACGGUGCCCGAGGCCCAUGCUUCGCCCGUCAAGAUGGCCCCUCACAAGAAGCACCUGGAUGCCCACGGCCAGACUCUCCUCGCCCGCGCCUGCGCACGUGGCGAGUAUGAGAGUGCAAAGCGGAGGCUGACAGAUCGGCCCGAGGACCUGAACGUGGCCGACUACGCCGGGAACACGCCACUCCAGAUCGCCGCAAUCAAUGGCUGCGAAGACAUUGUCAAGCUGCUCAUCGACGCUGGCUGCAAUCUGGACUGUGUCAACUAUGACAAGGACACGCCGCUCUUGGAUGCGGUCGACAAUGGCCACGUCGGUGUGGUCAAGCUGCUUUUGGAUGCUGGCGUCAACCCCCGCAAAGCUAAUGUGAACGGAGAGGAGCCAAUAGAUAGAAUACGUGCACUGCUCCUCGCAGCCAAGAAGCGACAGGGCGAACGCCGCCGCACUUCCGAGGACCGCCACUCCCACGACUACCACGAUGCCCGAGACUCGCACGCACCCGACAGUCCACGACGCUCUCCAGCCGCCACAAUGUCGACAGGUCGGAGAUCCGGCACCGUUCGCUCCACCAAGACGAGAAAUGACCUGCUCUACAUGCCUUUGGACGACAAGACCCUACGCCAGGCCGCCGGGCGGGGCGACGAGGAAACCGUAGCUCGGAUCCUGCAGGUCAAGGAAGGCUUCGACGACCCCGAAUCCAUGGUGGCCGCCGCACGAGGUGGCCAUGACCUGGUGAUCCAACUGCUGCUGGGCCUGGGCGGUGCCAGUGCAGACCCUCCCCCGGUGAAGACUCUCCAGCCGGAAUUUGCCACCCCAAUGCUCGCGGCCAUCGGCCAGGAGAACAUCAAGGUUGUCGAACUGCUCCUGGAGCAGCAAAACUUUGACCCCACGCGCAAGUUCAACGGAGAGACGUACUAUGAAAUUGCCCAAGAGCACAUGUUGAAGAACGCCUACGACGAAUACAAGCGAACACACAAGGACUCUGCCAGGGCCAAGUCGCCCGGGCGGAGAGACAGAGAGAGACAUCGGGAGGACAAGCGAAACAAGAGGGAUGACGCCAAGGAGGACUCGAGACCAACGAAACGCAGCGCUGCCACUCUCAAGACGGACGCCUCUAGGGAGAAACGAAGGUCCGACUCUUUCAGCCACGGCGGUGACGAUGCUUCUUCAAAGAAAGGGACACAUCGCGAAGCAUCUCCAGCGCCCUCUCAUAAAGCACCCAAGACGAAGCGCACUGACUCAGACGCGACCGGCAUUUCAAAGCUGAUUUCCAAAGGCGAAUUGCGGGAUGAGCGUGAGCGUCAGAAGCGCGGCAGCAUGGCCUCUACUACUUCAUCUGGGGCCAAGGAGCCAUCGAGCCCCGCCGAGCCAAGGCAUGAUGAGAGCGCCUUGAAGCGCGACGAGUCGAGGGAUCGCCUCAUUACGCCCGAUCGACCCAGUGAUAGCGACAGCAACCAGGAGAAGCGACCCUUGUCGAAGCGAAGCAUAUCUCGGGAAACCUCUUCCAAAAACUCGGCUCUCAGUAAUCCCAGCGAGGAGCGGGAUCCCAAGCGGAAGGACCCGGGCCAUGACGAUGUCGAAAUGCCAGAUGCAGACCCGGUCAAGGAGCAGACGGGGCCUCGCGAUCGGAGAAGUCGCGAAACCGAGAGAGAGGAAAACCUCAAGGAAGAGGAACGACGGCGUGCCAAGGAGGCUCGCCAGCCUCGAAAGAAACGAGAAGAAGAGGAGGCGCGCAACAACAAGCUCCGUGAGAAAGCCGAGCGCGACCGGCGUGAGGCUGAGGAGGCUAGUGUGCGUCGACGCGAGGCUGAAGAGGCCGCCGAGGAGGAGAGGAAGAAGCAAGAAGAAGAGAAGCGGCGAAAAGACGAGGAGCGGAAGCGGAAGGAAGAGGAACAGAAGAGGGAGGAGGAAAAGAAGAAGAGGGAAGAAGAGGAAGAGCAGAAGCAGCGGGAAGAGGAAGAGCGGCUUCACAGAGAACAAGAACGCAAGGCAGCCGAAGAGGCUCGACGGCUACGCGAGCAGGAAGAACGUGCCGAGCGGGAAGAAAUGGAGCGAAAGCGUGCGGCAGCCGCCAGGGAGGCAGAACAGCGCCGCCUUCGCGAAGAGCAAGAGCGCCGCGAGGAACAAGAACGCCUCAGAGAGGAGGAAGAGCGUGCCCGACUGGAGAGCCUGCCUCCCUUGUUGCGAUGGCUCUGCACGGCGUCCAACGCAAAGACUACCGCCGUGGCCGAGAAGUUUAAGUACAUGCGCGGUGCCCGAUACGACACGAUUCGCCCUGGAUUAGACAAUACCGCCGAGGGUCGUGAGCAGUGGCUCCUCAACACCCACGUUGCUCUGCUCUUGGGUGAGAAAGAUCUGACUCUCUCGAAAUACUCGGCCUGGAGGCGCGAACCUGCUUCACGGCUGGCCAAAUUCAGCCUUUGGAGGACGGAGUGGCUGCGGUACACGCUCUUCGCUGAAAAGCUGUGGGAUCUCGGCGAACAGGUGCCCGGAUGCUAUGGCAACGAGACGGCGGAUAGCCUGAGCCAUGACAACAAAGACAGACUCAAGCAAGAUGCAUGGGAGAAGUUUGAGGCAAUGGACAUGUUUUUUGUCAAGGUCUCCGACUUUAUGAAUUAUGUGCCUAACGUGCCACAUCUUCGAGGCAUCAAAUUGGGAGUCGAGUACUGUGAGUUGCUGGAGAGCAAGGACCAGUGGCUACCGGCCGGGAAAUGGAAGCGAGACCCGGACGUCGCCCGCUAUCAUGGGUUUGCCCCACGACACAAGUACUAUGUUAACGGAGUCCUGGUCGGAGAAGAGUUGCCGACUCUUUCGAGAACGAGCUCGAGCCCCUUCCCGGAGACACGAGUUCCCCGGCGAGGAUUAACUCGAGCGUAUCCCGAAGAUACAGACUAUGCCGCCCUGUGUCUGAGCCAAGGCCUUGGGCAUCUCCUCAAAGACACAAAGAGCCCCUCGCCGCUGCCGAACGGCAUCCAUUCUUCGCCUAUUAGCCCGACAUCAGCACCACGGGCCCGACCAACUAUCAACGGUGCGAAUGGAGAUGGUGCCUCGGACAGGGUCAAGGACGAGGCAUCGAUGGAUGGUGGAAUUACUAAUGGCAUUAAUGGAUCGGCCAGUUGA